AGAUUGAAAAGAAUUCAGUAGCUCUUCGCCGUGGAUCGGAAAAAAAAGGAGUCUUUUCGAGUGCCGGUGUGCGCAGUGAGAAUUCAAUGCGUAUGCACUGGUGUUCCUUCCGCUCCUGUCCGUCUGUGCGAAAUUUUGAGUGGCUUCGGGCUCCUUCGUGAACAGCAUUUUAAGUGUCACGUUAAGGCAUGUCCGCACUCAACUCUUCGUCGCUCUCCGCGAAAGAACGGAAGAAGCUCUUUACUAGAGAGCUGCGUGAGCUUGUUGAGAAACGCAGGAAAGAAACGGAUGGCGUUGAUCUCCUUGCUUUGGCCUCAGAUUAUCCUCAAGAUGAUUCGGAUGAAUUUUCUCUGCAUUACGAAUCGGACGUCGAAGAAACUGUGGAUUGCCCCGUCCGCCUGAAGUUUGAUGCUGAGAAGUGCAGGACAAUUGCGAAGAAAGUGAAAAAGUUGCGGGGCAGUAAUCUUGUCGUAACGGAAAGCGAGAAACCUGUCGCGAGUGGGCGAAAUUCCGCGGAUCUUAAACACAAAAAAGUGAAGAAAAGGCCGAUGGAUGAUGACAAUCAAAGGACUGAAGGAACGAAGUUUAAGAGAGAUGCCUCUCCUUCAACUCCGCCGAUCCUGGAGAUACGAGAAGCAUCUCUGAACGAACCUGAACUUGAAAUGAAAGAAAUUGCUUCUGUGCGAUUUCCUCGUUCUGACGAAGAUUUCCGCGCGAAGUACCGUCUUCUAGCUCCAGAGAGUCUGCGCUUGAAAGAUGUCCUGGAGCAAGGGCCGAAAUUUUUCUCUCAAGGAGACAAAUUCAAGUCAAGUCGUAAAGCUCCGAAUUUAUUCAUUUGCGUUGCUGAGAAGAAAAAAGUCAACGGAGUGUAUGCCGACUUCGAACGUGUUACAUGGAACCCAAAAUACUGUUACAGAAAUUCGGAUUUCAAGCCGUCGGAUUCAAAGUCAAAGAUCAACCCAGAACUCCUUCGCAAACAGUCAAAAGCGAUGGCAGAAAAGGAGGCCUUGUUAGCUCGGAAGAAGAAGAAGGAAGAGCUGUUGAAGAGACCCAUGUUGGGAUUCUCGGGCAAAGUCUCGAAAGUUCCGAAAGCCAGUUCGUUGCCGGGAACUUCGAAACUUUACAAGCAAAAGCCCGUUGAUAUGUCAAUUCGCAUUCCGAAGGUGGAUCCUUUGAAGGAACCGGUUACUCAAGCUCCGACAGGCAAAGGCUCAUUCUUUGGCAGCUCAACGUAUGAUCCGUUUUCAACUCAACCUCUCGCUUCGGGGUACGUGGUGGUUCCGUUUGGUCUUCGACCGGCAAAGUCAAAGAGCACAGAGAAUGAAACUGAUUCAAAAACAGGUUCUAAUAAGGAUUCUGCUGUGGAGGCCUCCGUUCCGUCGCUGGAAAUCCGCCACAAUUCUACACCUCCGCAGACACCUGCAGCAACAUUCGACAAGAAAGAAAGACGGGAGCCGAAAACGAAGAAUUCAGAAAACAUCGACGGGGCCGAAGAGACGAACAAAAAGACAAACCCUGAAAACGUUGAUGCGCCCAAAGAGACGAAGAAAAGGAACACAGAAAAAAUUGAUGCGGUCCGCGAUAAGAGAUCCAAAGAUUCGUUUGCGCAGGAAGAACCAGCGAAUAAUCCCCAGGACAGUCGGGAUCCGUACGCGGCUGAUAAUUUGCUGAUGCACUUGAGUCAGUUGAAACGAUCCGGUAAUGUUCAAGCACUCGAAGACCUUCGUCAAUACUUGUUGGGCGAACUUUCUAAGACCUCGGACGAGAAAGUCGUGGAUUCGCUGAGGAUUCUUCUGUCGCAGCUCAGUACCGAUGCUUCUGUUGAUCUUCUUUCCCCACCACAAGAAGAUCCCAUGGAAGAAGAUGGACCUGGCGAUGAUUACGCGUGUCAUGCAGAAAGCUCGCCGAUGGACGAUCAUCCAGCGUGUUCAUCUGUGCUGAGCAAUCACGACAGUCCGCCUAGUGAAACCGCUCCUAGUGAAAAAUUGAUUUGUUUAGCUCCUGGCUCAAAUCCCCUUGCGCCUGAAGGUAUCGAAACCGAUCUCGUCCGUACUCUCCGUCUUCGGGCCGCGGCAGCUUGGAGCGAAGAAGAAGAAGAAGAAGAUAAAGAGGAGGAGACACAGAUAAACUCCGAGAAGGUUUCCGAAGAUCCUGUGAACACCGAAGCUUCAGCAGAUCAACCCGUCGCCGCGUCAUUAUCUUCUGUUUCGUCAAUGCUUUCGAUGUCUCCGGAUGCACCCUCAGAUAAUGUGGACGAUGACGUCCCGUAUGAUCCUGCGGAAGCUGUGGUGCCUCGAUUCGAUCCCGUGCCGAAUUCUUCGAAUAAGCCUGAACCUACUCAAACCCCUGCGAAAGUAACCCCAUCAGAAGAUCCUUCCGCGGACCUCGAGGACAGAUUCCGCUCCAUAAUAAGUAAAAAUGAGCUUGUGAAACAGAAAUUUGCUCGCGUUCAAGCUUUCAAAGCGAUUCUGCCCGAAUUACGAGAUGAGGCCGAUUCAAAAGCAAAUGGCGCGGAAGAAAACUCCGUUAAUCGUGAGAGCUCGUUCGGGAAAGCUGCAAAUGUUCCUUUGGGAUGCGAAACGAGUUCUAUUCGGUCCCCUGAAAUUAGCACGAAUGUGAAUGAAGAGGAGCCGCAGGCUGCAACAAGCUGUCACGUGGAUCCAUUGCCUCCUCCGCCGGUGCCAUCGAUGGGACUCCUGCGUUUUUUCGCUGCGGACAUGGAUUCCAACACUCUUUCGCUCAGUGAAUUCUUCGGCCGUUCUAUUGAGGAUUGA